CCCCUUAAAAGACCUAGAUGCACUAUUGUAAAGUGGCUGUUCCACUGGAUGUCAUAAGGUGAAAGCACCAAUUUGUAAGUCGCUCUGGAUAAGAGCGUCUGCUAAAUGACUUAAAUGAUGUAAAUGUAAGCAUGUUCCAGUUUAGGUCGCCUAGCAGCACGAGCUCUGAAGAUAGAUGGGGGGCAAUCAGUUCACAUAUGGUGUCCAGAGCACAGCUGGGGGCAGAGGGUGGUCUAUAGCAGGCGGCAACGGUGAGAGACUUGUUUUUAGAGAGGUGGAUUUUUAAAAGUAGAAGUUCAAAUUGUUUGGGUACAGACCUGGAUAGUAGGACAGAACUCUGCAGGCUACAUUUGCAGUAGAUUGCAACACCGCCCCCUUUGGCAGUUCUAUCUUGUCUGAAAAUGUUGUAGUUUGGAAUAAAAAUUUCAGAAUUUUUGGUGGUCUUCCUAAGCCAGGAUUCAGACACAGCUAGAACAUCCGGGUUGGCAGAGUGUGCUAAAGCAGUGAAUAGAACAAACUUAGGGAGGAGGCUUCUAAUGUUAACAUGCAUGAAACCAAGGCUAUUACGGUUACAGAAGUCGUCAAAAGAGAGCGCCUGGGGAAUAGGAGUGGAGCUAGGCACUGCAGGGCCUGGAUUCACCUCUACAUCGCCAGAGGAACAUAGGAGGAGUAGAAUAAGGGUGAGGCUAAAAGCAAUAAGAAUUGGUCGUUUAGAACGUCUGGAACAGAGAGUAAAAGGAGGUUUCUGGGGGCGAUAAAAUAGCAUCAAGGUAUAAUGUACAGACAAAGGUAUGGUAGGAUGUGAAUACAGUGGAGGUAAACCUAGGUAUUGAGUGAUGAAGAGAGAGAUAUUGUCUCUAGAAACAUCAUUGAAACCAGGAGAUGUCAUUGCAUGUGUGGGUGGUGGAACUAAUAGGUUGGAUAAGGUAUAGUGAGCAGGACUAGAGGCUCUACAGUGAAAUAAGCCAAUAAACACUAACCAGAACAGCAAUGGACAAGACAUAUUGACAUUAAGGAGAGGCAUGCUUAGUCGAGUGAUCAAAAGGGUCCAGUGAGUGGAGAGGUUGGUUGGGGGUCACGGCGAUUUAGACAGAUAGCCAGGCCAUCGGUAGCAAGCUAGCAUAGGAUGGAGGUCUGUUAUUAGCCACCUCUUGCGUUCCGUCAGUAGAUUAGUGGGGUUCCGUGUGGUAGAGGGGAUUAAUCCAAAUCACACAACAACAACAAAAAGAAAAACAAUAGAUAUAGUUAUAGAGGCCCAAGAAGAAAACAUAAUAAUAAUAAAAAUAAAGAAAUUGUCCGAUUGUCUAUUCAGAUAGCAGCCGGUAAGACAGCUAGCGGUUAGCAGGCCGCAGAUGGGCGUUCAGGUAACGUCGCGACGGAUGAGCCAGCCGGAUAACUCCUUCGGGUAGAUAACGUCGGCAGUCCAGUUGUGAAGGCCCGGUGGGGCUCCGCGUAGGCAGUAAAACGGGUCCGGAUAGGUGACUGCAGCCCAGGAGUGAUUGAUGGAACUCAGGAGUGAUUGACGGAGCUGGCUAGCUCCGGAAUAAUUGAUGUUUGCUCCGGAAUCGACGAAAGCCGAUAGUCACACGGAUAGCAGCUAGCUAGCUGUGAGAUCCAGGUAUGAAUGUCCAGAGAGCAGUUGAAAUCCAGGGACAUGGAGAGAAAAAUUGGUCCGGUAUGUUCCGUUCCGAGCCGCGCUGCGCUGCGCCGUACAAAACUGGCGAUUGAUUUUCUAGCUAAAGGAUAGCUGAUGACCACAAACCGUGGUUAGCUGAAUACUAACGAUUUGCCAGUAAAGAAGCUAACUAGCUUCUGAACUAGCUUCUGAUUAGCUUCUGGAUUAGCUUCUGGGCUAGCUUCUGGCUAGCUCCUGGCUAGCUUCUGGCUAGUUUCUGGCUAGCUUCUUGGAGUUUCUGGCUAGCUUCUUGGAGGAUUACAGAUUUGAGGUAAAUAAUACUUUUUUAUAAAUAUAAAUUGGUGAGGCGGGUUGCAGGAGAGUGUUUUGAAGAUGAGUUGAUGGAAAAUAAAAAUAAAAUGUAUGUGAAAAAAGUUGUAAAUAUAUAUAUAUAUAUAUAUAUACGGGACAUGACAAGACGAGGACAAAAGACGCCUGAACUGCUAUGCCAUCUUGGAAGAAAAAAAAGGAUAGUGUCAUGAUCAAAGAUAUGAUCAAGAGUCUCACAUACAGUUUAUCGUUUGGUCAUUGUGCUGCCACUGAAUGAAUUGUGAGAAAGGCCUCAAAAAAGCUUUAUAUACCAGAGCUGCGAGAAAAGUUGUAUAUAUUAUUGAAACAAUGUUGCGAUUGUUUGUGAGAAUGCCAAAAGGUGUGGUUCCCGUGGGGGAAAGAUUCUAUUGGGGAAAGGUUCCUGUGGGGGUUACCAUGGAAGCCAAGAAGGGGAGUGAGGUGUGUGUGUGUGUGUGUGUGUGUGUGUGUGUGUGUGUGUGUGUGCUCAAACACACAUUCAUGUGGGGGUCUGUGAGAGGAAGUGUGCCCAUCUGAUGAAUGGGCAUGUGCCUGAACUCAAUUUUAUACACUAAUUGUAGUCUCACCCAUUCAUUUCUAAUGACCGGUCAUAUAUGACCGGGAACACCACAGGUGUACAAAAGUUAAAUAAAACACCCAAAAUGUUACGGAAAUCCUCAAAAUGUAUUUUGUGUGUUCAGAUGCCCUGUGUGGACAAAGUCAUGGAACCUUAUGACAAUCAAAAUAAAUCAACUACAUAUUUCAGAGAGAAAAAUGGAGGGUUAAAUGAACGUGUCACAUAGUCACUGUAGCAGCAUGAGCAACUAGUGCUAGCAAUUCAGUGAACAACUAUCCUAAAAUGGAAAUAUCUGAAAUGAAUAACAAAUAAACAAGUAAUAAUCAAUCUCUUGAGUACCUGUUAAUGAAUGAAGUUGACAGCGACCAGAAUAAUUAUCCUACGGUAUAGAGUCCUCCUCUGGCAUAUUACCUGGUCUGCUGCUCCAUCGUUAUGGACAUUACAGGUAAACUUGCAUGCAUAUCAUACAGGCCAUGAUUUUUUUAAAUGACUAAAUAAACUUUUACUGACUGUUUAAGAAUGAUUAAAAGCCAGAACAGUGGUGUAUAAAUGUGAAGCUAAUAUUGCAUUAGAGCUGUUGAUGUUUUUUUCUAAUGAGUAGGUGUAGAUUGUGAUUCAUUUAUACAACUAUCACACCUGUGCAUAUUAUUAAAUGACACUGAUGUUCAAGAUAACAUGCUUUUAUAUUAGUUGAUAACUAAUAUUGAAAGGUGAUAUGAUGCAAUCUUAGAUUGGAAGGCUACUUCAUCCUAAUGUGAACUACAUGCAGAUUAGCUCGCUCACAAGACUAGCCAAAUUAGAUGCAUUGUUGCUUGCAUGCGAUUGGCUGUGGUCUUGGGGGUGGCACAGCGUUGCCUGUCAGGCAUUGUUCAGGGCCUAAAUGUCCCAAUAAGGCUUAAUUGACCCAUGAGCUCUUAGUUCAAGGUAAGGGACAUUUAGCUUACUAACAUUUUAACUUAUAAACUGAUAAGCUCCAAACACAAAUGAAAGCAUAAUGUUAGCAAUGACAUGUAUCAUCCCUUAGUGUAGCAAUCAAUAAAAACAUGCGCUGAUCCACCUUCCUCAGCCACACUGUCAAUCUAUCAUCAAUACAUCCACUCCUAUUCAUAGACUUUAUCUUGUGAUCUUGACAAAACAACUUUUGUUAUGUUGUGUCCAUGAGAAAAUGAUAUUGUGAUUGACUAAACAACUUGUGUUAUGUCGUGAUCAUUAGAAAAUGAUCUGGUGAUCGACAAAAAGUGUUUUAUGUAUUGAUCGUGAGAUACUGUACAUAAGUUGUGAUCUCGACAUAACAAGGGAAUCUUUUUUUUGUAAUAUGUCCUCUCUGGUCUUUCAUACUAAACAGCCGAUAAGCAGGAUGAUAUCGCCUGCUCGCUAGCUGUCGUGUCCCUGGGGCGGCAGGGUAGCCUAGUGGUUAGAGCGUUGGACUAGUAACCAGAAGGUUGCAAGUUCAAACCCCCGAGCUGACAAGGUACGAAUCUGAACAGGCAGUUAACCCACUGUUCCUAGGCCGUCAUAGAAAAUAAGAAUUUGUUCUUAGCUGACUUGCCUCGUUAAAUAAAAUAAAAAACUAGCUAGGUUGGCAACGGGCUGUUUACUCAACAUUUGACUUAAAAUUCAGAGCUAGAGUUUUGCCUGGGCUGCAGACGGCUAAUACAGGACUAUUAAUGUCCCGGUGCAGUACCCUACUUCCCGUGGCUUAUGAUGAGGCAUCCUGAAAAUAGUUUUUCUCAAAACUUCUUCUGUAGCGUCCGAACGGUUUGGCCGACAAACUAUUAUGACCCCUCUGUGGAAAGACGUGACUCUCACUAACAUGAACAUAUUGGUUGUUUUGCCCUACGACCCUCCACAAGUGUUGUGAGACUCGUCUGAAAUCGGUACCACCGAUCUGCCAACUUCUGUCUGUAGCGUCUGACUGUGGAAAGGUGACUCUCACUAACAUGUACAGUACCAGUCAAAAGCUUGGACACACAUACUCAUUCAAGGAUUUUCUUUUUUUUUACUAUUUGAAUAGUGAAGACAUCAAAACUAUUGUGGCAGAUGGCAGGGAGAGGUGAGGGGAGUGGUUAUUGAAGGGAAAUAUCUUGCAGCCCGCUGGCUCUACCCCCGAGCCUUAUAUGGACUUCCUGCCCCAACGAGGCGUGGCUGUGGAUCAUUAAGCCAAUGAGUGCUUGGGGAUAAAAGAGGAAGUGGCCUGCACAAAGGGGCAGCGAAAGGAGGGAAAAAUGUGUGUUAUGAAGAGUGGGAGAAGAGAGAACAAUAUCUGUGAGAUUACCUGUUGUGACCUGGACUGUCGGAUUACCCCCCUUGUGUACCGAACCGGAUUGUUUGAGGACUCGACUUUUAGGAUUACCCCUAGAUAACGGAGCGGACAACGAGAACGGCUCGUGGACUGUGAAGUAAUUGGUGAAUAUAUUUGAGAUUCUUCAUAGCCACCCUUUGCCUUGACAGCUUUGCCUUGACAGCUUUGCACACUCUUGGCAUUCUCUCAACCAGCUUCAUGAGGUAGUCACCUGGAAUGCAUAUAACAGGUGUGCCUGGAAUUUCUUUCCUCCUUAAUGCAUUUGAGAGCCAAUCAGUUGUAUUGUGUCAAGGUAGGGGUGGUACACAGAAGAUGGCCCCAUUUGGUAAAAAACCAAGUCCAUAUUAUGGCAAGAAAAGCUCAAAUAAGCAAAGAGAAAUGACAGUCCAUAAUUACUUGAAGACAUGAAGGUCAGUCAAUGUGGAAAAUGUAAAGAACUUUUUUGGCAGUCGCAAAAAUCAUCAAGCUCUAUAAUGAAACUGGCUCUCAUGAGGACCGCCAAAGGAAAGAAAGAGCCAGAGUUACCUCUGCUGCAGAGAACAAGUUCAUUAGAGUUACCAACUUCAGAAAUUGCAGCCCAAAUAAAUAAUUCACAGAGUUCAAGUAACAGACACAUCUCAACUGUUCAAAGGAGACUGUGUGAAUCAGGCCUUCAUGGUUGAAUUGCUGCAAAGAAACCACUACUAAAGGACACCAAUAAGAAGAGACUUGUUUGGGCCAAGAAACACGAGCAAUGGACAUUAGAUCGGUGAAAAUCUGUCGUUUGGUCUGAUGGGUCCAAAUGUGAGAUUUUUAGUUCCAACCACCGUGGCUUUGUAGGUGAACGGAUGAUCUCUGCAUGUGUGGUUCCCACUGUGAAUCAUGGAGGAAGAGGUGUGAUUGGUGUGGGCGUGCUUUGCUGGUGACACGGUCAGUGAUUUAUUUAGAAUUCAAGGCACACUUAACCAGCAUGGCUACCACAGCAUUCUGCAGCAAUACGCCAUCCCAUCUGGUUUGCGCUCAUUUGUUCGCUCUGAAAAUUACACUUUUUAAAUAGAAAAAUAACUAUGCUUAAACCACAUCAGGAGACUGCUUUUGAGGUCUGUGAGAAAUUGUCUGGGACAAAUAGAAGAAAUUUCGAUUUUUGGGUGAGUGGAGACUGCUUCGCUCUAUUGAAUCAGAGUAGCAGGAUUAACUUCUCUUUACAGACAGGCAAACUAGGCAGUUCAGUUAUUUAGAGAAUGGUGCACAAUGCUGAAAACUCAGAUCUGUGCCUCGACACCUGUCCUGUCUCAGAGCUGUACGGACAAUUCCUUUGACCUCAUUGCUUGGUUUUUGCUCUGACAUGCACUGUCAACUGUGGGACCUUAAAUACUGUAGACAGGUGUGUGCCUUUCCAAAUCAUGUCCAAUCAAUUGAAUUUACCACAGGUGGACCCCAAUCAAGUUGUAGAAACAGAAUGCACCUGAGCUCAAUUUCAAGUCUCAUAGCAAAGGGUCUGAAUACUUAUGUAAAUAAGGUUUUUCUGUUUAGUUUUUUUCUACAUUUGCAAAAAUUUCUAAAAGCCUGUUUUGGCAUUGUUAUUAUGGGUUAUUGUGUGUAGAUUGAUGAGGACAUGUUUUUAUUUAAUCCAUUUUAGAAUAAGGCUGUUUGGUAAAAAAAAAAGUCAAGGGGUCUGAAUACUUUCCAAAUAUACUGUAAAUGUCAUAGUUAAACUAAAUGCACUGUAUUAGCUUCCAAAAUGUAAGUAGGCAUUAUCUAAUGCAUUCUGAUUAAAUGGCUUGUCCUGCACUUUGUAAAAACCCAGAUUGCAUGUUGGGAAAAAUAUUGGUUAUUUUCUAAACAUAGUAUAGAACAAGAAGGCUACUGUUAUAAAGCUCCUAAUUCACUGCUUAUUGACAAUGUUUCGAUCUGAAACGGAUCUUCGUCAGGUCAAACACACUGAGUGUUCACAUCCCAAAAUAUAUACAUUUCACCUCACAUGACCAUUGCGGACAUGAUGCAUAGUGGGUGCAAAAAAACAUUUGUAUAUCUCUAAUAAUAAUAGAGAUUUAGAAAUUAUUUCGUACAUUGAGACUUAUGGAGUUAUUUUGUCCCAUAAAUGAUAAGACUCCAAAUGUGGAUUUGUCAAGUAUGGGUGAGAUGAGUGUUCAGACUAUGGGUGACACAAUGUAGAAUGACAUUUUCCAUAGAACGAAAAAAACCUUUUUGAGCUAAAUCCACUUUUUGUCCACCCAGAUACAGAAAUCUCUCCCUAGAAACAUACUGCAGAUUGGUGGAAAAAUAUUUCCAAUUUUGAAUAAGAAACGAGAAUACAGAGUCUACAUUAAUCUCCCUAAAGAACAGAGGCAAGCAUUUGACAUUUAAAAAAAUGAUUCCACUUUGAUAGUGAGUAAUGCUGACAAGGGCGGAGCUGUGGUGUUGUUAAACCGUGAUGACUAUGUGAAUGAGAUCCGGGGACAAUGGACAACACCGCUUUCUAUCAGAAAGCUUGACUUUACACCACUGUUCAAAGAAGAGAUUCACUGCAAGCUGAUGUCUCUUAUGGAAAGUGGAAACAUUAUGCAAAAAGAAUAUGAGUUCAUGAAAGUAGACUAUCCAAUCAGGAGCAUCAUUCAUACCUUACCAAAAAUCCACAAACGUCUGGAUAAGCCACCAGAGAGACCUAUUGUGGCCUCCAUUGACUGAAAAUACUUCUGCUUUUAUAGAUUUAUUUUUAAAAACCAGUGUGGUGUGACUCAUUGCACAUGUACGUGAUUCUAUGGACAUGAUUAACACCCUCAAGACAAUGCACAAUAUCAAUGGGGAGAUGUUUAUGGCUUGUUUUGACGUUGAAUCACUGUAUACUAACUGUAUACUAACAUCCCCCACCAGGGAGGCCUAGAAGCCAUGACACACUACCUCAGUCAACGACCCACUGGCAAACUGCUAUGGGUAGUAAAAUGUCACCGAAUUAUGCCAAUCUGAAUGUGUUUUUUUAUUUUUUAGAAGAAGAAUGUGAUUUUCAGCCCUAAUAAUUCAUUCUUGCGACAUAUUAGACUCUGAAAAUGCUUAAUUGAUGACAUAUUCGUUCUAUUUCAGGGCACCGCAGAGGAACUUCAUUGAUUCCACUCCUUCAUCAAUUACAUUGAAAUUCACCCUCACAUUUGAUGCGCAUGAAAUACGUUUUCUUGACAUUUUGAAUAAGAGGGAUGGGGGGGGUUAGUACGGAUCUAUACUCAACGACCGCUUCCACCCUACUCCGCUAAAAAAGAGCCUCCCCAUUAGCCAAUACAGUCGCAUAUGUAGGAUUUGUAGUACACAGAGUGACUAUGUCAAACAAACUGACCAUCUGGAUGAGCGUUUCAGACAGCAGGGUUACCUAGAGGAAUGACACAUUUGGUAUACAUAUUAUUAUUUUCUGGAACCAUUACAUGCACCCAUCUCAUUGGUUUUUUUUUUUUAACUAUUAGAGAUAUACAAAUGUUUUUUUGCAUCCACCAUGCGUCAUGUCUUGUGAGGUGAAAUGUGUAUAUUUUGGGAUGUGAACACUAUGUGCUUGACCUGACGAAGAUCCGUUUCGGAUCAAAACGUUGUCAAUAAGUGGUGAAUUGGGAGCUUUAACUUGUUCUAUACUAGUAUUCUUUAUUAGCCCAGCACCUAUGUUUUUAAGGAUGUGCGUAUGACCACAAACUCUCCUCUCUAAACAUAGCAAUGCGAAUGCAAAGAGGACUUGGUCCACAAAAUAGUUGACGUGAACUGGCAAAAGAGUUGAGUCAAUGUGAAUACAAAGAGAACUGAGUUAUUUUGCUCUCUUUUUUUUAAGUAGCUGAGAAGUAUACCAAUGUGUUAUACCCUCUAAAGUGCUGGGAAAGUGGUGAAAAUGUCAGUUUGUAAAGGUUGAGACAAAAAGUAGUUGAUGUGGUAAGGUAACUAAGCUGUCUUUUUUAUUGGUAGCAGAUAAUUAUGUUCGGAUUCCUGAUUUGAAUAGCAGAUAAGUAGACCAAUAUGUCACACCCUAAGUUUUUGUCUAAAGUUCUGUGACAGUUGUAAAAAUGUAAAUUGUUUGGAAGUAGAGGUUAGAUUUCAUAUGCUUUCUGUUUAACUUUAACUUUGGAAAGUGUUCAGUGUAGCAUAUUUUUGUCAAAAGUUGUGUUGUUCACAGUGAAUGGUAUGUUGGAAGUCUGGGAGUUGAUUAUAUCACAACAGGACCUUUAGACCGGUCUGCACAUUUUAAAGUUUGAAUGAGGUGUCAGCUUAAAGCUGCAAUAUGUAACUUUUUGGGUGACCCAAUUCACAUAGAAAUAUCAAUUAUAGAUCUGUCAUUCUCAUUGACAGCAAGUCUAAGAAGAGAUAGUAGAUAUGUUCUAUGUGCGCUAUUGCUAUGAUUCACGUGAUUAAGUUUCAUUUUUGCAUCUUUUGGUUUUAUACACCAGCUUGAAAUACGGAAAAUAUAUUUCACAGCUGUUUAGAUUGUACACUAUACUUGCUUUUUUUUGUCACAUAAACUGAAAUUGGGUAAACGUGUAGAGGAAUCGUUUUCCAGGUAGUAAUUAUAAGAAGUAUGACGAAUAUUUAAAGUGGGGACUCUUGCCUUGUAAACCCCAUUAAUAAGAAGUAUGAAGAAGAUUUAAAGUUGGAACUUUUGCUUCACAAGUCCCAUCUAUUUAAAAUGUCCUAGCAAGCCAGGCCAACGGGAGACGAGGAAAGGGGGCGGGAUCCUUUUGACGUCUCGUGCGGCGGCGCUGAGUGUUUGUGUAGCGGGAGAUUGUGUUUUUGUUGUUCUAAUCAGCUGAAUGUGGCUUCGUAGUUCCAGUUUGACAAGCCCCCCAGUUUGUUUAGUGCAAGAUCUGCACUGCACACACCGCGACACAGCUGAGGGAAUGCGGACUUCUGGCCCUUUCGCUACGGGUUACAUUGCUACAGUACCCACACCGUAGCAAGCUGAUCCAGUGAGGUACUAGGUUUGACCAGAGACGGCCUAAGAGGAACAAGGGAAGACCCAGAGGUUUCUACUCACCAGAGCCACAGUGUCAGAACGGUCCAGCAGUAUUCUAAGCCAAACUCUCAUCUAGCUCCCAGUCCACAGUGAAGACCUAUCACAAUGGCUCAGACUUACUCUGUGAUGAGAGCGAAUCUAUGUUUACCUACAUCCUCUAUGCUGCUCUGGGGCACUUUUUAAUUAUGUCUUAUUUGGUCCUCUUGAAUGACUUUUGGCCUGCUCAUAUAAAAGGUACUCCGUUAGAUGUUCCCUCGUCCCAGGCAUCUCUGCGGCACUGUGGCUAGCUCCAUGAGGCUGUGUGGCGCACUGCUCCCUGAGGCAAUCCCUGUAUGUCUGUAAGGCCUCCUCCCCACUCUAUGGAGGCAGAGCCCAGCCACCCUGCUGAUGGGGAGCGAUCCGGAAGGCAACAGCAGCCUCUUUCUCCUGGGGCCGCUGAGCCCCCCACAGGGUCCCGUCCAACUCAGCCACAGCAACCGCCAUCCAAACCCCGCCCCGUCCACGGUGGCCUGGGAUGUCUCCACCACCGCAAGCCUAAACGUAGCGACCUGCUUCUCAGGCUUCAGCAUCAGCACAAGACCCAAGCAGCAUGUCAGCUCUCAACAGACACCCCAGGUCCUUCAGGAGGCAGCUUCUCCUCCCCCUCCACCUUAUCUCUACAAUCCUUCUCUACCCAAGGCCACAACACUCAGGGGGUGCAUUCCCAGCCCAACCAGGAAGUCCUAGAGGGCAGCCCAUCUAAAAGAGGCGAGAGGCAGCUCCAGAAACCGGGGAAGUACGUGUGCACUUACUGCGGCCGUCCAUGUGCCAAACCCAGCGUUCUCCAGAAACACAUCCGCUCUCACACAGGGGAGAGGCCUUAUCCUUGCGUCCCCUGUGGCUUCUCCUUCAAGACCAAGAGUAACCUGUACAAGCACCGCAAGUCCCACGCCCACCGCAUCAAGGCAGGCCUGGCAUCCAGCCGGGACGAGCUGAGCCUGAGCGGACCCGAGAUGAGCGCCCUGGGAGAGGAUCCCGAGGAGCCCACGGAGGGGGAGAGCACAGACUCUGAGGAGGAGACGGGUCAGUACAGGAAGGAGAGGCUGAACAAGCAGAAGAGCAGCAGCAGUUUGGCGCUGUCAGGGCAAGAGGAGGGCCAAAGGUCUGACGACUCCCAGGCCGUGAAGCAAAGACUGGCCAUGAGGCUGAGUGAGAGGAAGCGUGGCCCCAUGGCCUCCCCGGACGACCCUCCCUCCACCUCCUCCUCACUGGGCCCCAGCAGUAAAGGCAGCCAAGAGUCAGGCUAUAUCUCCCUUUCGAGGAGCUCUGAGAUGAGCCGAGCUGACUCCCAGGUGAGCCCUCCCAAUGCCAAAACCUAUGCCGAGAUCAUCCUGGGCAAGUAUGGGCGGCUUGGAGGGCAGCAGCGCAGUCCCCAUCAGCAGCGCGCCCACUCUUCUUCAUUGGGGAUGGAGGAGAAGAGCAGCAUACCCUUCAGCAUGCCCAAGAUGCAGGUCAUCGAGCACAUUACCAAACUCAUCACCAUCAACAAGGCGGUUGUGGACACCAGCAAGAUCGACAGCGUCAAGCCCAGGCGCUCCUCGCUCUCCAGGAAGAGUAGUCUGGAGUCACCCAAGUUCUUCUCCCCCAAAGACCCCUAUGUGUUUGAGCCUAAGGGAGAAAGCCCAGGUCCCGGUAUGGCAGGCCAAUCAUUCCAUCCCCAUAUCCAAGACGUGGGCCCAUCGGGGGUCCAGAAGUCCUCCUCCUCAUUGCCUCUGCUGAGAAGCCACUCCAUGCCCACCUCAGCAGGCCAGGGAAACCACUCCACCACCUCUCCCUGGGGGUUCUCUCGUCUGAGCCACUCCUUUGAUGAGCAGCAGGCCGUGGUGGCCAAGAUGAGGGUGGGCGGGCAGUACCGUUUGCUGAGGCGCCAGCCCGCCAUCGAGUUGUCCCUCGGGGCUGAGCUAAGCCUGGAGGAGGCUGGCCCCUCCUCCUCCGCAGCUACAGAAAUUGGCCUAACCAGGAAGCAGCAACGCAAAGGUCCAAGGCUGUAUGAGUGCGAGACCUGCGGAGUCCGCUGUAAACAAAGGGAGAGUUACGAGGCCCACAGGGGUCUCUGCACAGGCAAGCCAAUAAAGGAGCUGGAGAGAGUAGAGGUGGAUGGGGCGUUCCGGGAUGACCGCCCCCAGAUGAUGCACUAUAAAUUCUGGGCACUGGCCAUGGCAGUGAGGAAGAGGAGGAAAGAGGAGAGUCUGGAGGAGGAUCCUCCCAGCCCCAGGCCUACAGCUUUUAUGACCUGCAGCCCCACAACCAACACUGCAGUGCCAAACCGGGUGCAGCAGAGUGAGGCUUUCUCAGAUGCUCCCUCACAGGCUGAGCAGCAGCAGCAAGACAGGAAGGGCAUCUCGGUCAUCCAGCACACCAGCUCCUUCGAAAAGCAGAAAAGUAUAUCCAUGGAGAGCCAGGAGUCUAUAGAGCUCAGAGAGAGCCAGUUAACACCGCAAAAACAGCCGCAGCCAAAAUCAUCGCCCUCCAUGUCCCGCCUGGUCCGCCAGCACAACAUCCAAGUGCCAGAGAUCCUAGUGACGGUGGAGCCUGACGCUGAUAUGGUGUCAGUGUCGCCCAUGGCGACAGCAUCCUCGUCCAAGGAGCCAGAGAGGGUGGUAGAGGAGUUCCAGUGGCCUCAGCGCAGCCAAAGUAUGGCUCAGCUCCCCACCGAGAAGCUGCCACCAAAGAAGAAGCGUCUCCGUCUAGCCGAGGCUGCUGCCCAGUCUUCCGGGGAGUCCAGCUUUGAGUCGGUAUCGCUGGGGACCCAGAGCCCCAGCCAGGAGAGCAGCAUUUCCCAUUCACCCAGCCGCUCUGCCUUCUUUGAAGACAUGGGGGGAAAACGUGCUGAGCCUUCCCCCUGGGGCUCCAGCAGCACCCAGGGCUCCCACAUGCUAACAGUGCCCUCGUGCCCCCACCAACAAUACCAACCCCAAAGAGAGAUGCAGCGCUCAGCCUCGGAGCAGGCCCCGGUCAGCCCCCAGCACACGGAUGAGAUCGUGGAGACCAGGAGCAAAUCCUUUGACUACGGUUCCCUAUCCCCGCAGCAGUCUGCUUCAGCCUGGAGGGAGAGGAGGAAGUGCCUACUGGUAAAGCACACCACCCUCGGUGAGCCAGACCACGAGGAAGGGGCCAUGGCCAGCCACUCAGGCCGACCAGGGAGCACCAGCCCGUCCUACACCAGCCACCCUUCCUUCCACCCAGCUGAAGCCAGCACCUCGAGGCUCAGCCCGGAGGCCAUAGGGAAGACCGUACAGCUGUUCCACCAACCCCGGAUACUCCCAUUCCCCAUGCGACCAACUGGGCAUGAUCGGUUCCCUCUUGGCCAGUUAGCCCAGCUCCAUCCGGUCACCACUGCCAUCUCAGAUGUCCUCUCCACCCACAUCAUCCACAGAGCCUUCUUACACACACACCCUUCCCCUCCAACCAUACAAGUUCACUCAGGGCAGCUUCACAUGGCAGAACGCCUAGGCCUGCCCCUCCAUCCUAUUUCAGCUCUGCUCUCCCUGCAGUACCCCGCUGGGGCUGGCCAGGCUGUGUACCUCCCUGUAUCUCCUGGGCUCACCAUCCAAGUCCCCACACAGCCCCCCAUGCCCUCCACCGUGGUUCUCCCUGCCCCAGCUCCUCAGUCCUUAGUCCCUCUGCCCUGCCACCAUCCCCCGCUUGUCAUCGCAACGUGCCUGGCACAGCUGACGCCAGUCGUGUCACUGAUGGUGCCAGUGCGCCUCCAGACCAACAUGAUCACCUACGCCAGUGCCCUGUACACCACCCUCUCCCAAAUCCUGGCGUCAGCCCGCUCCCAGGAGCCCAUCUGCUGCAUGGCCAUGGUUAUCAUGGGCCAGCUGGAGCAGGAAAAGCUGCAGAGGUCCUACCUGAAGAUCCCCACCCCGGACUUCAAGAGCUACCUGCCCCUGUCUCUACCCGUGGAGCUGGGCUCUGUGUCCGGAGAGGGCUAUGAGCCACUGGGGGCUGGAGGGAGCAAACGCAUGCUCUCUCCUGCAGCCAGUCUGGAGCUCAGCACAGAGGCUCAGCGCCAGCAGAAACGAGUGAAGGAGGAAGAGGAGGAGGGAGAGAAGGUGGGAGAGGAAGAGGAAAAUAGGGGUUCUGGGAGAAAACUGGAAGUCGGGGAAGACAAAAAGAAAGAGCCGGAAAGGGCCCAUAUAGGAGUAGUAACUGUGAAAGUCGAGGAGGAAGAGAAUGUACGGGACACAGAAGGGCACAGGGAAGAGAGGGAGAUGCAAGGGAAGGCUGGACCUAAGAAAGAAAAGGAGAAUGAGGGCCAGGGAGUGAGUGCGUCCUUUGUACCCCAGAGUCCUGAGCGAGUCAAAGCCCCCUUGUAUCCCAGCCUCCACACCACCACCUCAGUCAGCUGGUGCUACUUGAACUACGUGAAGCCCAACCCUUUUACCCAGAGGGAGCCACAAACCUCCGUUUACACCUCCUGGAGCAUCAGCGUGCACAACCCCAACCUGCCAGGCCUGUCCACCAAGCUGGCCCUGUCCCUGCUGCGCUCUAAGCAGAAACACAGCUCAGAGACCUACACCAUGGCCACAGCUCUAACCCCGGCGACAGGCAAGGUGGUCCCUGCCAGCAGUAGAAAGCCCCACAUUUCAGAGGUACAUGCUACCCCACCCAGCACCCCUGUAGAAGUGAAGGAGCCACCACAGCAGCCUGAGAAGGAGGAGAAGAAGGAGAAGAGAGAGGAGCAAGGGCCCUCCACCUCCAAACAGAGCGAACCUCUCCGUGUCCAAAUCUUCGAGGGCGGAUACAAGUCUAAUGAGGAGUAUGUGUAUGUGCUGGGUCGUGGCCGAGGAAAGUAUGUGUGCGGAGAGUGCGGGAUCCGCUGUAAGAAGCCCAGCAUGCUAAGGAAGCACAUUCGAACACACACAGACGUCCGGCCCUACGUCUGCAAACACUGCAACUUUGCCUUCAAAACCAAAGGGAACCUUACCAAGCACAUGAAGUCCAAGGCUCAUGGGAAGAAGUGCCAGUCAAUGGGAACGUCUGGGUCUUCACUGGACGAGCCGGAGACCGAGGAAGCAGGAGAUAUUGAAGAGCAUUUAUCUGGCUCUGAGGACCAGGAUGAGCACCAGUUCUCUGACGUGGAUGAUUCAGAGGAGGACGAUGACGAGGAUGAUGAAGAGGAGUACUCAUCUCACAACGAGCCGUCCUCCUCACCCGACCGCCGUCUGUCCACAUGGGGGCACUCCAGCAGCGGAAGACGGUUCCAGCAGGGCACACCUGACCCCUCAGCCCCAGAACCCCAGCCAGAUCCCUGCCUCAGCCAGGAGUCCUCUCCCACCCAUAGACUGUGGCCCAGCGGGCGUGCUUCCUCUCCAGAAAGCCGGAGGGCACUGUUCUGGGACGCCUCCCCCAGGGCCUUCUCCCCUAGCAGUGAGAGCUGCUCUCCCAUCCGAAGCCUUUCCCCCAGACUGGAGCUGGCCUCCCCCAACCGACACCUCUCGCCCUCUUCCAAGAGAGAACCAUCCUCCAUCAGAGUUCUAUCCCCCCUGUACCCCCUGCGGCCUCUGUACCCUAGCCAGUAUCGGGUGUUGUGGACCCGGGCCUCUCCCUCGUCCCCGGGGGUGCAACAUAGACCUCGCAGGUCUCCCAGUCGUUUGCCAUGGGACAUCCCCAGUAUGAUGGCCAGCGAUCGCAGACAGGUGGGUUCAAUGGAGAGGAUAGGAACACCAAGUAAAGGGCAGAUUGGUACAGAGCCCUGCCUGUUUCCCCCAGCUUUCCGUCUGUCCCCCACUGACAGCCCAAAAGCCCAGUCCCAGUCCAUGGACAGCAUCUUCAGCCACCUGCCUCUGCACUCCCAGCAUGCCAGGGUGCCCUACCUGAUGAUCCCCAUUGGGGGCAUUCAGAUGGUGCAGGCUCGUCCCCGUUCCCACCCCACUACCCCCACCUCGACCUCCUCUCCCCCAAUGGAGGGGCUUUUACUGGGCCAGACCCGGAGGGAAACCCCCUGGUGCAGGACCUCCAUAACUCAACUGCUCAGAACUCCUGGGAACCACUGGUCUGACAGCCAGGAAGUAGUAGGAGCCAGCCAAUCAGGGCUAUGCAUUCCCAGUAUAACCCCACCCAUAUGUUCCAAACCCUCCACCUCGCACCAGGGUAGGAUGGACCCAGGGAUGAUAAACACAAUGCAAAAGGACAGCUUACACAGCUCCUCCCACUCACACAGGUCUGAGGGAGAGACCAGAAAACGAUGGCCCUCACACAGCCAGGCAGGACCAUCCCCCUAGUCAGCCAGUCCCCCCUCCCACACACAUGAUUGGAUAGCUGUCUGAGAGGCAGGAGCCACCAGGGUUGCGGUCCAGAACGACUGGUUCAGAGGAGGAAGAAGCUAAGGUGGAGACUCAACCAAUCAAGGCCAGAGCACUUUACGCUUUUUGUUGCAACUCUUGUUUUUGGGUUUUGUAUUGCUUUGUUUUUACACAGUUUUCAAUUCAAUUGUUAACUUAACUGUUAGUUCUUCAGGUUUGUUAUAAAAUGCACUUUUUUAUUUUUGACGAUUUCUUUAAAUCUCUUGAUCUUACCUGUAUCUCUAUUGAUACUGCGAUCUUAAUAUAUAUUUAAAUAUAUAUGUCAAAUAAAUAUGAAUACAUUUGUAAAUGACCAAAAUCGUUAAUGAACAAUAAAUUCACUUUUAUUUGUUUUCUCUUUGUCCACUAUUACCUAAACUGUAGUUACUUGUGCCUUUUCUUUCUGUGUUUGUGUCUUGAGAUGACGACAAAGAAAAAAGGCUGUGAAGUUUUGAUUUACACUCUGUGUUUCCAGGAAGGGGGUUCCUGUGUUCCGUGAUGAUUGAUUGUUUGUAUCCGUAAAGGGAUAGUUUGGGGUUAGAGGUAGUUUCGUGAGCCAAUGCUAACUAGCUGUACCCGAAGACUUCCAGUCUUUGCACUAAGCUAGUUAGCAUUGGCUCACAAAACUACAGCACCUCUAGCUUCCUUCAUACUGGAUGCAGAGACAUAAUAAUGAAUUGCCAAAACACCAAACUAUCCCUUUAAGGCCAUUGCAUUGAUGUCAGGGUAUUCUAAAAUAUGGUAUAUGAGGUGGUAUAUUGAAGGAACAGUGAGCGCUUUGCAAAGAAAAUGCACUGAAGUCAUAUUUUUAAUAAAAAGAUAGUCAAUGUUAUGUCUCUGUACAGAGAAGAGUGCUCCAUAUUUAUUAUUUUGUUAAACUAUGAAAGUUAUUCUUUAAGUUUUUUUACUUGACAUUUUUGGAGGAAAAAAACAUGCCAUUUUUAUUUAGUCAUGUGUCUGUCUUUUUCAUAAUGUUCUCAAAAGACUUGAGAGGGAGAGGAAGUUCUCUUUUAAGAUUGGAUAUGGAACAUGUGCCCAAAAGAUUUUCACACAGGACAUUUUUUCUUCUUCUCUGAACCAAUAAAAAGUGCACCAGACUUCUGUGAGGCUAUUUUACUUGUUUUGUUUUCUUGUUUUUGAAAAUUUUUAUAAUUUUUUUAAUAGGUCAACCAAAAUACUGAUUGAUUAAUACAUAUAGAAUGCUUCUGUUUGAAUUCCACAAAUUAACAACUGGAGUUAAUAUCCACAAAAUCAAAUAAAUUGUUAUUUGUCACUUGCUUCGAAAACAACAGGUGUAAACUAACAGUGAAAUACUUACUUAAGGGCCCUUCCCAACAAUGUAGAGAAAAAUAAUAGAAUCAAAUUAUAACACAAGGAAUAAAUACAUAAUGAGUAAUGAUAACUUGGUUAUAUACACGGGGUACCAGUACUGAGUGUCAAGUCCUGAUCGUAGAGAUCCUUUUAUUCUCUAUGUUUGUUUUGUCAGGGUGUGACUCGAGUGGGAAAGUCUGCUUUCUGGUUCUUUGUUUUUGGCCGGGUAUGAUUCUCAAUCAGGGACAGCUGUCUAUCGUUGUCUCUGAUUGGGAAUCAUACUUAGGCAGCCUUUUUUUCCUUUUCUCAUUUGUGGGUUGUUGUCUUUGUUAGUGGCAUGUAUAGCCUUACAGAGCUUCAUGUUCGUUUUGUUGUUUAUUGUUUUUGUUGGCGACAUUUAAAAUAAAAGAAUGUACGCUUACCAUGCUG